CACUUGUUAAUUUUUAUCCACGUGAGUAGAAAGAGCACUCAAAACCAAAAACCCUUUCUUUCCUUUUUCCCUCCUUUCUCUUUCUCUCUUCGAUUUAUAUGCAAUUUCCCCAAAUUUCAAUUUCAACACCACACUCUCAUUCUAUUUUCAGUGUUCUUUGCAGUUAUGUAUGGAGGAGAUGAGGUAUCGGCUAUUGUAAUUGAUCUGGGUUCUCAUACUUGCAAAGCUGGUUAUGCUGGUGAAGAUGCACCCAAGGCUGUUUUUCCAUCUGUUGUUGGAUCAAUUGAUCAAGUGGAUGUGGAUGACUCUGCAAAUGCUGAAAUGAACUCUGGAUCUGCUCUUGAACCUAAACCCAAUGCGAAUUCUGACAAAGCCAAGGCAAAGCGAAAAUUAUAUGUAGGAUCUCAAGCUUUAGGAUUUCGCCGGGACAAUAUGGAGGUGCUGUCACCUACUAAGGAUGGAAUUGUUGCUGAUUGGGAUCUAGUUGACAGCAUAUGGGACCAUGCUUUUAGGGAGUGUCUACUGAUUGAUCCGAAAGAGCACCCAAUGCUACUUGCAGAGCCAUCAUCAAACACCCAACUACAAAGAGAAAGGACAGCAGAGCUAAUGUUUGAAAAGUACAAAGUUCCGGCCUUGUUUUUGGCGAAGAAUGCUGUUUUGACAUCCUUUGCGUCAGGACGAGCUACUUCAUUAGUUGUUGAUAGUGGCGGAGGAUCAACUACAGUCGCUCCAGUUCAUGAUGGUUAUGUUCUUCAAAAGGCUGUGUUAUCUUCUCCUAUUGGUGGGGAAUUUCUUACUGAUUGCUUGGUGAAAAGUUUGGAGAGCAAAGGUAUAUCGAUUAAACCUAGAUAUUCUUUCAAGAGAAAGGAAACACGACCUGGAGAAUUUCAGAUCGUUGACCUCGAUGUACCAAAUACAACAGAAAGCUACAGGCUUUAUUCACAGAGGGUGAUUGCUAGUGACAUCAAGGAAUGCGUGUGUCGAGCCCCUGAUACUCCAUAUGAUGAAAGUGCAUAUUCAAAUAUUCCAAUGACUCCUUAUGAACUUCCUGAUGGCCAGACGAUUGAAAUAGGAUCUGAUAGGUUCAAGAUACCCGAUAUACUAUUUAAUCCAUCCCUUGUUCAGACAAUUCCUGGUAUGGAGAGUUUUGCAGAAAUCGCCCCUUCUGUUCGUGCAUUGCCUCAAAUGGUUAUAGAAAGUAUCAACAAGUGUGAUGUAGACAUUCGUAGAGAGCUAUUCAGUAGCAUUCUGCUUUCUGGUGGCACAGCAUCAAUGCAACAGUUGAAAGAACGCCUCGAGAAAGAUCUGCUCGAGGAAUCUCCUCAAGCUGCUAGAGUUAAAGUCUUGGCAAGUGGAAAUGCAACCGAAAGGCGAUUUAGUGUAUGGAUAGGAGGGAGUAUAUUGGCUUCGCUCGGCUCGUUUCAGCAAAUGUGGUUCUCUAAAUCCGAGUAUGAAGAGCAUGGAGCUUCUUACAUUCAAAGAAAAUGCCCUUAAAAGAUGAAACACAAGGUUUCUUCCUCCUCCUUCGAUUCGACUUUGCUUCGCUUUCUGAUUGAACCACCCCUCUAAUGAGCUCUCUCUGUGUCUUUUUAACUAUUGACUUUCAGGUCAAACCUUAUGCUGGAACUAACUUCUUGGCUAGCAUUGUUAAAGCUUUGUGUAUUUAGGUAGAUAUGAUUAUGAUUAUGAUUAUGAUUAUGAUAAGAUUGUAUUUGAUUUGUACCUUUGGUACAAUGCUUAUUUAUUUAUCCCUUCAAUUUUUAAACUAAAAAAUUUCUCAAUGUUAAAGUUAUUUUACAUUUUAUUA